AUGGCCCCCAUUCCCCGGGGCGAUGUGGACAUGGACAAUCCGUCCUCCGAUGUGGGCGAUAGCCAGGAUUCUCCCCUGCGUCGCCAGUUCUCCGAGCCCUUCCGCCCCCAGUCUACUUCUACUCAAAUUUCUCAAUCCCCAGAGCCCCAGUCGCACAAAAUCAAGUGCGACUGGUGCGGGAAGCUUCUGGACUCCCCACAUGAUGAGACCAUUACGGUAGAAGAUGUGUUGAAUGCGCACGCUGCUGCCGAUCACCCUGAUCACAUUGACAGUCAAUUGGGAUUUGAUGAUGUCGAAGAUAGCAACUUUGAAGAACAUGAUGAACUAAACCUCAAUGAGGAAGGCGUUGAGGCAGAAGAUGAAGAAGUAGAUGAGGACGAAGAAGAAGGAGAAGAGGAAGACGAGGAGGAGGAGGAAGAAGGAGAAGAAGAAGAAGAGGAGGAGGAGGAGGAGGAGGAGGAAGAAGAGGACGAAGCCGAAGCUGAGGGCCUCAAUGAUGUCAAUCAGCCUGAAGAAGGCGAGCCUAUCGGAGGAGAGGCUGGCGAGGAAGAGCUUGCCGAGCCUGAGACUGCGGCUCCGUCAGUCAAUGGCACUCGCAGCGAUACGGAAGCCGAGAUCAACCUCGCCAAGUCCUUUGCGCCUACUAUUAAGAUCAAACCGGACCAUAAAGCAAAGGAUCCCGUGUCUGAACGACAAGAACGACUUGACAACCUGCUCAACAAGCUUUCCAACCCCCGCAGUGCUUUCCCCGAGGAAUACCGCCAGCGCGUGGCAGAAUGGCAGGGACCCGAGAUGGCUCUUCGCCUUCCUAAAAUCUGGACAGUCAAUGAUGUUAAAAAGUUCUCGCCUACAUAUGAACAGGAGCAGUCCAAAGUGGACAGCACCUGGCAACACGCCUUCUACGACUUCAAGCCGAAGAAGCGGGAUGCGCCUGAGCCGAUGAUUCGGCCUGACCCUUACAAGAAGACCAAGGUCGAGCAGGGUCAAUUCCUUGAGACCAACUCACUCGAUGACCUCGUCGAGAUGCUGAAGAAGCCCGAAUUGCUCUCGUAUGAUGAGCUCUACGCGGCCACAGAAGCAGCUGGCUUUGCGAUGAAAGUUUGGCAGGACGAAUACCUUGCCCUGGACAAGCUCUACUUGUUGGCCCACCGUCACCAUCGAGUCGCAAUCACGGAAGAUACCAAGCGAGAGUUCUUGCUGGGUAAUAAGAAAAAGGCCGGGUAUCCCAUGGCCCGACUUCCAGAGCCUGAUCUUGACUUCGAAGACAAGAAGGAGGCCAUGCUCUACGGCUACAAGUACAAUCCGUUCCAGGCGAACACUGCCACAGUAGUCAGCCGCAUUCCUCAGAACCCAUUUGUCCAAGGAGGAUUUGUCCCAACUCCUGCCCAGGGACGAAAGAUGGCUUCCAAGGUUCCACCAGGCGAACGCAAUCCUGAUGACUGGACGCCUGUGGUUCGCGAUGGUGUCGAGCUCGUUCCCAAGCUGUGGGAGCAACCGCGGGCGCCCAUUCAGGCCAAGGUGACUCGUAAGCGCAAGGCAGCAGAAGUGGAUACAAGUAUGAGGACCGAUACGGAGGAGACUCAGCAUGAAUCUCCCGAAGCAAAUGAGUCUGAAGAAGAGAUCCACCCGACCAAGCGCCGUGCUCGAGGCCGUGGUGGCCGCCGCGCUGCUGCUACCUUUGAAGCAUACCAGCCAGAGCAAGCCAUUGUGAGCACUCCCCGUGGCCGAGGCCGAGGUCGUGGGCGUGGCCGGGGGCGUGGCAUUGGCCGUCCGUCCGCUGCUGCUCGCACAUCUCUUGAUGCAAAUCAAACAGGCGCCUACACCCCUACUUCAGGCCGUGGACGGGGCCGCCGUGGCGCCAGUACCAUCGUGAGCUCUACUACUACCCCUCAAGCGGCUCGCUCUACGGAGGACCUCACUACCUCGUCCUUCGUUGAUAUUUCGCCCAUGCCCGAAGCGCCUACGUCUGCUAAGACUGCCCCGAUCAUCAAGAAGGAUGCUACAGUGGAGGAUCUUGAAGAGGCCCGUCGCCAAAAGAUCAUGAACUCCAAGAACCCCAAGCGCACCAAGGCCAUGCUGGACCACUGGGAGCGAUUCAAUCGCGAAGGCCGCAUCCGUAACCCCAAGCGGUCCAAGGCGCAGAUUGAGUCUGAUCGGGCGGCUGACGAAACCCGCAAGGUCAAGGAUGUCCCGCGCCCUAGCGGCCGCCGUCGUCGCUCACCGUCACUGGCACCAAUUCCCACAGGCAACCUUGCCCCUAAGGCCCCUAUGGGGAUGCCCCCCAUGGGUUUACCGCAGCACCUGGGCCCUGGGCCGGCUCCUGGCCCGACUCUGCCGUCGUUGGGCAUGACCCACUACGGGGCGCCCAACCCGUUCGCCGCCCAGCCCCCGGUGGCUCAGCUGGGCCAGCCGAUGCCGCAGUUCGCGCCGUUCCCGUACCCGCCUCCGUACGGCCUGGGACAUCUGCAGGGUCCGCCGCCACCCCAUGACCCUCACCACCGAGGUGUCUAG